AUGCCAGAAAAUCUCUACAUUCGCGGCAAUGAUCAUCCAAUCCCACUAGUGAGCGAGAACCAAAGAUUUUAUAUUGAUAACAACUCUGCUCUUGAGACUCUCUAUAGAUUAAAUGUUGGCGGUAAUGAGGUCUCAAUAACCAAUGAUACGGGAAUGUUUCGAUUAUGGAGUCCGGACGACGAUUACACCUACGAAGAUUAUGGGUUUACACCUCACAGGGACGUCGCAAUCCGAUAUAGACAGGAGACACCACCCUACACUGCACCGAAGAUCAUUUACACAACCACAAGGACCAUGGGCAACGACAGUUUAAGAUACAAUCUGACAUGGAAAUUUCCUGUUGAUUCUGGGUUUUAUUAUCUUCUCAGACUCCAUUUCUGCGAGAUUCAAUUGGAGGUGACCCUCAAGAACCAAAGGGUUUUUAUAAUAUACAUCAACAAUCAAACGGCACAGAGAGGAGCAGAUGUUAUCCAGUGGAGUGGUGGCACUAGAAUCCCAGUGUUCAAAGACUACGUCAUCAUGGUCACCGACCCAGAUGGUCGCCAGAGCAAGCAAGACUUGUGGCUCGCUAUGUACCCUGAGCUCGACUUUAGACCUGAGUACGCUGAUGCUAUAUUGAAUGGUUUAGAAAUCUUCAAAUUGAGUAGAACAGACGGUAGUCUGGCGGGGGCAAACCCUGAACUUAAGAAGAACAAUAAAAAAACACCUAGUUGGGCGGUCAUUAUCGGCACCGUAGUCGGAGGAGGGUCUGUUCUAGUCUUGAUCUUAGGUUUCUUGAUUUUUCGACGACGGAGGAGAGUGAAAGCCUUGGGCUCAACACAGCCCAAGUCGUCGUGGGUCCCCUUAUCUGACCGUUCAAAGUCCACAAAAACCAGCGGUUCAUCACUACCGUCUGAUCUAUGCAGACGCUUUUCACUUGAGGAGAUCACAUCAGCUACAUGCAACUUCGAUGACAAUUUUGUCAUCGGGGCAGGAGGAUUUGGUAAUGUGUAUAAGGGCCACAUCGACAACGGUGCAACCACCGUUGCGAUCAAACGAUUGAACCCAUCAUCAAAUCAAGGGGCCCGCGAGUUCCAAACAGAGAUUGGUAUGCUAUCGAAGUUACGCCACCUCCAUCUGGUGUCGUUGAUCGGUUAUUGCAACGACAACCGUGAGAUGAUCUUGAUUUAUGAUUAUAUGGCCCGCGGGACCCUCCGUGAUCAUCUUUACAAAUCAAAGAAACAACCCAUUCCGUGGAAGCAACGCCUUCAGAUUUGCAUUGGCACUGCAAGGGGACUACAUUAUCUCCACACAGGUGCGAAACGCACGAUCAUUCACCGCGAUGUGAAGUCCACCAAUAUUUUAUUGGACGAGAAAUGGGUGGCUAAGAUUUCUGAUUUUGGAUUAUCCAAACUGGGUCCCAUAGAUGCAGGCCAUAACCACGUCAGCACAACGGUGAAGGGUAGUUUCGGAUAUUUGGAUCCAGAAUAUUAUAAACGACAACAAUUGACAGAGAAAUCGGACGUGUACUCAUUUGGGGUGGUUUUAUUUGAGGUUUUAUGUGCUAGGCCGGCUAUAAUUCUAGAUUUACCCGAGGAUCAAGUGAAUUUGGCUGAGUGGGCUCGCCAUUGUUAUAAAAAUGGGACCCUUGAUCAAAUUGUUGACCCUAAUAUAAGGGAGGAGAUUGCGCCAGAGUGCUUGAAGAAGUUUGGCGAAUUAGGUGAUAGUUGCUUGCGUGAAAAUGGGUUCAAACGACCAGGAAUAAAUAAUGUUUUGUGGGGCCUUGAGUUUUCUUUGCAACUUCAAGAGGAGGCUGAGAUGAAGGGUCAAGGUGAUGGUGGUGGUGGAGGUGGAGGUGGAGGUGGAUUACUACCGGUAGCGUUGGCCAGUCCCUUGACUCCUCCUCUGCAUGGAGAAUCAAUGACCGACAAUGAUGAAAAUGUGUUAAGAUCAAUGACUAACAGUGACAAAUUAAAAAAUAUGACUCUGUUCUCAGAGAUCAUGAAUCCUAUGGGUCGAUGA